UCCCCCGGAGGGGGGGAGUGACAGCAGCGGCUCCUGCCCCAUGUGACUGGGGAGCGGCUGCCCCGUCCAUGGCUUGGCCUCCCCCGGGCAGCAGCAGCUCCGGCUCCCGGGGAGGAGGGGCAGGAGCUGCUGCUCCAUGGGGAGGAAGGGCAGCCCCCGAUCCCCCCAGUCGGAGGGGGGAUCCCGGGCCUCCUCCCCCUCCUCCCCGCUUUGGGCCUUACCCGAGGAGCUGCUGCUCCUCAUCUGCUCCUACCUGGACGCGCAGGCCUUGGGCCGCCUGGGCCAAGUCUGCCGCCGCCUGUGCUUCCUCAGUAGCCGCGAUCUCCUCUGGAGGCGCAUAGCCCGUGGCUGCCUCAACUCCGGCUUCACCCAGCUCGGCACCGACCUAGCGCCUGGCAUUCCAGUGAAGGAAAGGGUGAAAGUAUCUCAGAACUGGAGUCACGGACGGUGCCAGAGGGAGACAGUCCUGAAAUGGAAAUGCAAUUUGAUGCCCUGGAUAGAGCUGGAUGGCGAGUACCUCUACUUGUCUCAAGCAGAGAACAUCCAGGCCUACAGGCUCUGUCCCGAUGGUACAGGUUUGCAGCGUCACCCUCAAGCUAUCUUCUCUGGCCACCAGGAGGACGUAUGUCGUUUUGUUCUUGUCAACUCUCACAUCGUCAGUGGAGGGGGAGAUGGAAAUAUUGUCCUUCACAAGAUCCAUGGCUCCUACAGCAUCAAGUUUUCUGCACAUGAACAGGAGGUGAACUGUGUGGACUUCCAAGGUGGCCUCAUUGUCAGCGGCUCCCGGGACAGAACAGCGAAGGUUUGGUCCCUGUCCGCGGGCAGAGUUGGGCAGUGUCUACAUACAGUGCAGACAGAGGAUCGAGUCUGGUCCAUUGCUAUCAGCCCAUUGUUAAGCUCAUUUGUGACGGGGACAGCCUGCUGUGGACACACCUCACCUCUGAGAAUCUGGGACCUUGAGAGAAUGGCAGGUGGAGGAGAUCUGUGUGCUUGGAGGGGCAGGAAAGUGCCAGAGCUCAGAGAUGCCCAUCCAUGCUUCUCUCAUGGUGGAGCUGAGGACCCAUCUGCCCCAGCCAAACCCCACAGUUCUUGCUUCCAGUGCUCAGACUGCAAAUGUUUCAACAUCUCGACCUGCAUACAGGUGCAGAGUUGCUGCUGGGUUGGUUUGCAAGUAACCUUCCAAGGGUUAAUGUAUUGUGAGAAGGUUGCAAAGGGCUGAAGCCUGGAAUCCCCUCGAUCCUUUGCCUGAAGAAACACAAAGUCCAAUAAGCCAGCACCCCUGGAUUCGUGUUGGGGGGGAUUAAUUCAUGCACUUGAUGUUAAAGCUUGUCCGAGAGGUUUGCGGGGGGGGGGGCAUCGCUAGGGCUGGUUGGCCUCUCUAAAUGGUUGCUAGGGCCCUGGCAUCAAGGGCCAAUGUAGCUGCCCACAGCCACGGUCACGGAGGGAAUUACACAGCCACAAAGAAAUUGUUAUUCUACAUAAUCUGCUCUUUGGAGAGUGACUGUGGGGAAACAGGCUGGCCCCAGCAUGCCGCCAGCUCUGUGAUCAUAGAAGCGUGCUGGCUGCAAAGAUCGGCCAGGGCUCGCCUUCUGAUCUGGGGACACCAGGGCUCGAGGCGCUAAUCUGCUUUAUCAGCGAUUUCUCUCUCCUGACACAAAGGUGUUUACUUGUUUUAACAUCUCCCGGGACUCUAUUUCUCCUUUUGUGUGGUCUUUAUCCCCCGACGAGGGCUUUAGCCCAGAUUACAGACAGAAUUAAGGCAUUUGGCGAUGUGCCUCAGAACUGUGUGAUGCUGGAUCAAGGAGCAGAAAGUAACAAAAUAAUGGGGGGAGAUGAUGGGAGUGACCCCACUGCGGGAUCCGUGCUGUCGGCUUUCAGGACCGCUUCAUUGUCCUGAGAACCAAGAGGCUGUUGGAGAGGGGUGGCCGUGCAGCAGGGUUUGAAAAGCAGGUGCUUCAAGGUUUAUUGUGUCCGGCAUUUUUUAUUUGGAGGGUAUGAGGAGGAAGGCAUGGAGGGUUUGCAAUAAGCAGCUGGGCAGAUUGUCCCCUCCAAGAGUCUGCUAUGGCUGGGGGUUGCUGGCUGCUGGGCAAGUGGAGUGAUACUGGGGACGGGCUGUGCCAUGUGCCCGAUGGCAAUUUCAUAUGGCCCAGGGAAGGGUUUCAAGCUCCUUCUUGCAGUCUAGCAGGGUUUGCCCUCCCCAGGCAUCAUCCAUCUGAUUUGCUGCUGGUUCAGCACAUGAACAAGGAGCAGAGUGGUGUGGUGAGAAAGCAUCUGGCUUAGAGCUUUAUGGAGCUCUUGCUUUUGCUCUUCACAGCAAGUGGGGCAUUAAGAAGGAGAAGGGGGUCUUAAAAGAAAAGCUAGUCUUUGGAAAGUCAUUUCUGGAGCAGCCCUGCGGUGGUCACUCUUGACCUGUCAUGUUCAACCCCAGAGAACAGUGGUUGCGGUAGCCAGUGUAACUGGAGGGGAUUGAGGAGAGCAGCCAUGGCAGACUGGGCCAGGAGAGUCUGACUUGCCUGUGGAUCAGAGCUGUGUGUCAGAGAUGUGGGGAAAAAGCCCAGUGGGCAGUAUUUUGGACGGAGUCUGAGAUAGAUUGGGACUGACCAGGUAAGUGGCUGUUGCGCAAAAGUGCUGGAGUUCAACUAAGUUGAUAAUUGUCUUCCAUGGAGUACUGGUCACUUCUCCCAAGAAGAAUGAUCCUGUUCUGCUGGGGGUCAGUUGUGCCUGUCCUCUUACACUUGUGAUUCCCACUGGUCACCCUCCAUGACAAUUAGUGGCCGAACCAGCAGCAGAAGCUGGGGGAGGGAGAGGAAGACUGUGCAGGCUUCUGCAUUCUGUUAAACCACAGAAAUAAGAUCUAGGAGACUCCUGUGAUGCCAUCUCUGCUGUGGCCAGCUGAAUUGGAAGGGCACUUUGCUCUGAAUGACUCUUCCCCU